GUCUGAGUCGCCAGCCGCAUGCCUCCGCCACACAACACCGUUGGUACCGUCCACCCACCGCUCGCACGACGCGAUCCUCUAGCAAGCUGAGCUACCUACAAGUAUCUCCUCAUCCGCAGCGCGCGCUGUCGCGUACCAACCAUUCGCUUGUCCAGGGUUUCAAGCUCCGUUGAUCGAUUGGUAGUGAUCAUGAAUCAGUGUGUGCCGAGCUGGGAUCUGGACGAUCCCGCGCUCAACGUCGGUGGUGACCGCGUCGUGUCGGGAGGAGGAGGAGUAGGAGAAGGGUUUGUGCCCGGCGCGGUGCCCAUGUCGGACCAGUACUACGAGGUGGCGGAGCUGACGUGGGAGAAGGGAAACAUCUCCUCGCACGGGCUGCUGCUCAACCGGCCGGCGCCCAAGUACCCGUCGUCGCAGCAGCUGCACGCCGUCGGGGAUGGAGGCGGUGCCGGCGGUGAGGACCGCGAGACGCUGGAGGCAGUGGUGGGCGAGGCGGCCGCGCGGCUGUCGUCGUCGACGUCGCAGCACCUCGCGCGACCCGUGGCCGCGUCGGCGCCGUGGUUCGGCGUCGGCGGGUUGGUGGGCGCGCCGGCCGACGCGCUCGUGCCGUGCGCGAGGGACGUCGACGCGGCGGGAGGCGGCGAGGCGCAGAGCAAGCGGCCGCGCCUGGUGGUCGGCGAGGACGGGCUGCGGGCGUGCGCCAGCCAGGGUAGCGCCGUGCCCGGCCGCGGCGAGAGCGCCCUGCUCACGCUCGACGCCUGCGGCACCGCGGCCGACGACGUGUGCGGGUUCACGACGACCACCAACAACUCCACCUCGCUGGACAGGACCGAGGACAAGGGCUCCCCGGAGACGGAGAACACCAGCAUCGCCGGUGGCGUCAGUGACUCGCGUUGCUUCAGCCGUCCCUCGCAAUCGCAGAGGGGUGGCAUGUGCGAUGAGGAGGAGCACGUCGUGAUCAAAGGGGACGGAGUGAUGAGAUCAUCCAUUUCCACCAAGAGGAGCCGGGCCGCUGCCAUCCAUAACGAGUCUGAGCGUAAACGACGGGACAGGAUCAACCAGAAGAUGAAAACUUUACAGAAACUCGUCCCCAACUCAAGCAAGACGGACAAGGCGUCGAUGCUGGACGAGGUGAUCGACUACCUGAAGCAGCUGCAGGCGCAGGUGCAGGUGAUGAGCCGGAUGGGCAGCAUGAUGAUGCCCAUGGGCAUGGCCAUGCCGCAGCUGCAGAUGUCCGUCAUGGCCCAGAUGGCCCAAAUGGCCCAGAUUGGCCUUAGCAUGAUGAACAUGGGCCAGGCCGGAGGCUACGCGGGCCUCACCCCGCCCAUGAUGCACACGGCCCCCUUCCUCCCCGUCUCAUGGGACGCCGCCGCCGACCGACCGCCGCCGCAGCCCACCGGCGCCGCCACGCCCGACGCCUUCUCCGCCUUCCUCGCAUGCCAGCAGAGCUCACAGCAACCGAACGGCAUGGAGGCGUACAACCGGAUGAUGGCAAUGUACCAGAAGCUAAACCAGCAGCAGAUGCAUAUGCAGCAGGACCAGCCAAGCAACUCAAGACAGUGAUCGCGACGUGGUACUUACUACAACUAGUGCCUGUACAACGCUGUUUGCACAGAACAUUUCGCUCCCUUUCACUCUCACUUGGUCGCCGAUUUCUUUUCCCCGUUCAUCACCGGAUCCCUAAAAUCCCCGUAAUCUUGUGUUAGGUGUGAAUUAGUAGUAGUACAGUAACGUCGGCAAAACAACCGUAACAUCGUGUUAUAUUUCUACUGUCUUUCUUCUCUUUAGAGGCGUAGUAUUUGUAAUGUCUUGACCUGCAUAAACCGGCAGAUCGUCAUGUACAGCUGUGCUUUUGUAGAACCAAGCGAGGCAAUUGCACUUUGAUCUGGACCAGGGUGGGGGGGGGGGGUCAGUUCAUCAUCUUGUCUGAAUUUCGUCUCAGCUGUUCCUGUCUGCCGGCAAAUGAAUGUACUCUGCUCACUCACUGGACCUCAGCUCACCCCAACCCAAUCAUGCCCAGCUUAGCUUGUCAACCGUUCGUUUCUCCACAGAUCUUUUUACCGCAAAAUCCACAUC